CGAUCAGAUUUGCAGAUUCUUCAUUUCCUCUUUACCUUCUCCAUUCACUGAUUAGGGUUUUACAUUUCGGCGAGAGAGAGAGAGGGUGAGAGAGAGAUGGGUCAGAUCCAAUACUCUGAGAAAUACUUCGAUGACACUUUCGAGUACAGGCACGUCGUUCUUACUCCUGAAGUCGCUAAGCUUCUUCCGAAGAAUCGUCUUCUCUCCGAAAACGAAUGGCGUGCGAUAGGAGUGCAGCAAAGCCGUGGAUGGGUGCAUUACGCGAUUCAUAGGCCUGAGCCGCAUAUAAUGCUUUUCAGGAGGCCACUUAACUACCAGCAACAACAGGAGAAUCAAGCUCAAAACAUGCUCGUUAAGUGAUGAAUCGUCGUCACUUGCUUUGUUUUAAAGUAAGAAUUCUACAGAUAUCGGUUUGUGUUUCUACUUCUUGUAAACAUGGUUUGAACCUAUUUGUGAUCUUGGAUUGUCUAAUGAUGGAGAAAUAUGUGAAUUUGGUGGAACAAGUUGAGUAUGUUAUCUAAGUCUGGUUCUAUAAUCACCUUCUGCUUCU